AAAAAAAAGAAGUGGCUUAGUCUGGAGUCCCUGCGGCCUCCGCCGGUCGGCCCCCCCCCCGCCCCUUUCCUCUGGGCCUACAGUCGGACUGGGGCAGCUCUAAAAGACGCAGGAGCGAGGGUGGCCAUGGCCUUGGCGUGACUGAGUCUCUUGGGCGGCCGGGCGGGUGCAGACAGCAGGGCCGAUCGACCCCCGGCAGGAGCCGGGGAUCACACCGAGCCAUCCGGAAGACAGUGACUGCAAGCUGAGCCUGCAGGCCUGGACUGGCUGGGCGGCGCUCUUGCUUGCUUGCACGAAGCGGGGGGUCCCUGGGCCCCUUUGUGUGAAAGGGCGGGGGACGGUGCCAGGCAGCCAGUGGCCUUGGUUUCCGCGAACCCUGGGCCCCCUGGCCCCAAGUUCCACCCUCCUCCUUGAACCUCCCUCCCCCAUCCUGUUCCUCCUGGGGGCACGCUGCGUGUCUGGUGUCCCCUCCCCUCCCUCCAUCGCCUUCUGGGCUCGCCCUCCUCCCCACGCCCCCUGCCUGGGCUUCAGUUCCUAUAGGAAGGGCAUUACCAUCCCAUCCCCACCCACCCGACACUUGGCUCUCUCCCCUCCCCCUCCCGCAACUUCCUCUUCUUCUCCGCUGCUCGGGCUGGCUCGCUGCUCACGGCUCUUUGCUCGCUGGCUGGGCCCUCGCGGCUCUGCACUCCUCUCCCCAGCUCACAGAUUUCCGCCCACCUUCCGCCUCGCCUAGCCGCAGCGCAGCUAGCGGGGUGCUAUUUUUCCCCCCAUCUGGUAGCAGUUGGUGAAGGUGAGACUCAUGAGGGAGUACAAGGUAGUGGUGUUAGGGAGCGGAGGGGUUGGCAAAUCUGCCCUCACGGUGCAGUUUGUCACUGGGACUUUCAUUGAGAAAUAUGACCCGACCAUUGAAGAUUUCUACCGCAAAGAGAUCGAAGUGGACUCUUCCCCAUCCGUGCUGGAAAUUCUGGACACUGCAGGCACCGAGCAGUUUGCCUCCAUGAGAGAUCUCUACAUCAAAAACGGCCAAGGCUUCAUCCUGGUGUAUAGUCUGGUGAAUCAACAGUCUUUUCAGGAUAUCAAGCCGAUGAGAGAUCAGAUUGUCAGAGUGAAGAGAUAUGAAAAAGUCCCACUAAUCCUAGUAGGAAACAAAGUGGAUCUGGAACCAGAGAGAGAGGUUAUGUCUUCAGAAGGCAGAGCUCUGGCUCAAGAAUGGGGCUGUCCUUUCAUGGAAACAUCGGCAAAAAGUAAAUCAAUGGUGGAUGAACUUUUUGCUGAGAUCGUCAGACAAAUGAACUAUUCCUCCCUGCCCGAGAAGCAAGAUCAGUGUUGUACAACUUGUGUUGUCCAGUAAAAAGAAAAAAGAUAACCUCAAUCAUGGCCAUACCGAGCAGAUAAAACUCAGAGGAAAUUUGCACAGAUGCUGCUUUGGAGAACUUUACAACCUGGGUUGCAGAACUGAGCCUUGGUAAACCUGUCUCUAUUACAGCAUGUUGCCAUACAUCUAAUUAAGUGCAUAAGGUCUUUGGCCUUCAAGAUCCAACGACCUUCAACAGGAAUGCUUGUUCGCACGUUUACCAUACGUUUAAAAUCUGUUCUUUAUCAAAUCAGUCCUUUUAUAGCUUUUUAAGUUCUUAUUGAUGGCUAAUAUGCAAGGAUUAAUUUUUAAUAUUUUAAUUGAUUUCUUUAAUCAAUUUCUCAACUUGUAUUUAUUAAAUACUCAAACUCAGUAUUACCUACUCAAUGCCUUUUAAAAGAAAGUUGUAAUGGAGAAAAAAAAUGAGCCUUAAACAAAUGGUUACUUCUGUAUAUUACCUCGUACCAGAGCUUCAUCCUAUUUGUAAAAUCUUUCUCCUUUCAAUGGUUGGUUAAUACUUUGAGACUUUGUUUACGUGUGGCAGUGUUGUAAAAAGAAACUAAAGAUCACAUUUUACCUGUCUGGAUGGAAUAUCCCUUUUCUUCAAGUGCAGUUUGUGAUGUCUUUUUGUAAUGAACAUGUUCUGAAGGUUAUUGGAAAUUGAUGGUAGGGCAUUCAGUUGAAGAAGUUAAGCAUUUGAUUCCAUCAGGUUUUCACAUGUGUUAAUCUCAUUUACAGCAUUGAAUUGCAUCAGUAACAUUUUCCUUUCUGUGAAGUUCUAAUUUUAGUUAUGACCUACUUAGCAAGGCCUUUGAAAAGGGAUAUUGUAUCCAUGGUAAAUUAAUUGUAUACCUAAACAGAGAUAGCUCAGCUUUGCCUGUCAGGCUUGUCAUUGACAUCUAGUAGGCUUCUGCACAUGUAAAAUUGAAUUCAAAUAAAAUCAUAUACACUUUCUACUUCUUAAGAUUUGUCUUUUCAAAUAAUAGUUUAAAGCAAUAUCUGCUCAUGUUUUCUUGCACUAUCACAAUUGCUUUUUAGUUAUUUCUCAAGAAGCAUGUUCGUAGUUAAGAGACAAAAAUCUGUGUAACAGGAAGGAGAAUAGCACCAAUUCUCUGGGCUAUUUUUUGUUUUUUAUUUUUUUGCAAAUGUGCUUUCUAAUAGCCAUUGCCUUCCAUGUUGUUUACCUAAUCAGCACAUUUUAUCUGAAUACUUGAACAUUUUACCAGUAACAAACAGAGAGAAACAGAAAGAAAACUUAGAGUAACCUUUUGGUUGAAUUUUAGUAUCAUGACAACGAGCGCUUUUUCUAGCAGUGAUUUUUCACAUGUGUAAGUUUGACAGUAUUUCGUUGUUGGUUUUUGAUUUGGUUUUAUUUGUGUGCUUUUAAUUUGCAGAAGUUAGUAACUGCAGCUCACCUACUGCACCAAAGUUCUCGAUUUUAGGAGCCCAGCUUUAGUCAUUUGAACAUGCUUCUAAAUAAAGCAAAACAAGAAAACCAAAACUAUACUUUUGAUCUAUAAUAAUAGCUCAAUAACUUUGUCAAGGAAAGCUCUAAUAUAUGCAGUGAUGGUUUAUGGAAGGGUGUGGCAAUUUAAAAUUUAUAUUGUGUGUGAUGUUUAAAUAAAGUGAUAUCUACAUUCAUGUGAUUUCUUGGUCCGUAUGGCCAUUAAUUAUUGAGUAGAAAUGAAUUAAACUUUGAUUUCCUUUUUUUAAAUCGUGUUGCAUUUGAUUCCUGAUUAAAUUCCCUCAAAAUGAACUCUUCUUCUUAAUUUGGAAUUUUAUGGUGAGCUUGUAUGGGUACAGACAAUUGAAACAUUGUUCCUUUUUUAUAAACUGCUUGAAAUGAAUCCUGAAUUUAAGUUUGCACUUUAAUACGAAACUUAAAGAACCAAACACUCAUUUCAAAGUAGGUUGGUUAAGUGGUCAUGCUUCAUCAUUAUUAGCUUUGUAAAAUUCUAAAGGAAUCAAAUAACUCAUGAUGACAAAUUUCUGGCAAAUUAAUGAUUUUAUAGUGUUUCUUUUCUAUAGAUAUUAUUUCUUCUCUCCCUCCUUCCCUUCCCUCCCCUCUCCUCCCCUUCCCUCCCCUCCCUUCUCUUCCUCUUCUCUCCCCUCUCUUCCACUUCCCUUCCUUCUCUUUAUUAUAGUGUUCAUUGUCAUUGACCUCAGCAGCAAAUUUAUCUUGGAUUCAUUUAGGAUUACAGGAAUCAGGGGAAAGUGAUUUUAAAGGUGGUUUCUCCAGCACAUUUUAAGAAAAGGGACCAAAAGUUAUUUUAGCUUCCUCGAUAGAUUGCAUGUUACUUAUUAGGAUAAUAAAUUAAUAUUAAAUACAAUAUAUGUCUUGUCUUUACUCUGGCAUCUGUUUAGGAGUUGUUCGAAUCACUGCAGUAGGGCUCUGCAUAUAAAAUCAUGGAUCUAAUGUACUGUAACUUUAUCCGUGAAAGAUAAAAAAUCUCAAAUAACAAGUACAAACAUUGAACAAUUACCUAUAAAGAUUUGUAAAAGUAAAAUUUUUCCAAUAGAUUUCAUUCUUGUCAUUUUGUAAGACGACCCUGCAGUCCACCUGUUUGUAACUUUUUUAAUAAAAUAGACAUCUGU